UCAGGCCAAAUCAGCAACUCGACCCUGCUGCCCCUGUUGCUCGGCGGUGGCGACGAUGGCGGCCGCGAGGGGAAGAACGGCUCCUCCUCAGAGCCAGGGAAGCAGCCCCUCCGGCUGGUGAACGGAAUGAACUCGUGCAGCGGGACAGUGGAGAUCCGGUACCUGUCUUCCUGGCAAGCCGUCUGCGAGGAGCACUGGGACUCCAGGGCCGCGGAGGUUGCCUGCCUCCAGCUGGGCUGUGGAGGGGCAAGGAAGGAGGGCCUCCCAAAUACCCCCACCCCCAACGGGCCAGCAGGCCUCCCAGUGACCUCGAUGCCCAGUGGGCUGGCCGGCCUCCCAGGGACCCCCACCGCCGGGGUGACAACCCCGGCGGAGAACGGCAGCGCUGCCCUUGAGGGACCAACGGGCUCCUUCCUGUCCGUCCAGUGUGCUCAGGACAGGUGGGAGUCCUGCCAAGUGCAGCCCAAGGCCUGCCACAGCCGGAGGGCAGCCCGCCUGGUCUGUCAGGCGAGCAGCGCCCUGCGGCUGGUGGACGGGGGCAGCCGCUGCGAGGGUCGGGUGGAGCUGGAGGAGCAGGGCAGUUGGGGGACGGUGUGUGACGACGCCUGGGACCUGGACGACGCGCGGGUCGUGUGCGGGCAGCUGGGCUGCGGCUGGGCCAUCCGGGCCCUGGGGGGGACCCACUUCCAGAAGGGGAAGGGGCCCAUCUACCUGGACGAGGUCAACUGCUCCGGGAACGAAACCUCCUUGGAGGACUGCCCCGCCCGGAGGGACCACGACUGCGGGCACAAGGAGGAUGCCGGAGUGAUCUGCUCAGAGCACCAGGCCUGGCGUCUGACCAGAUGGUCGGACGCCUGUGCCGGGCAGGUGGAGGUCCAUUUCCGGGGCACGUGGAGCACAGUGUGCGAUGGCACCUGGUAUCAGACGGAGGGGACCGUGCUGUGCCGCUCCCUGGGCUGCGGAGCCCUCACACAGGUGGUGAAGGGGUUGCCCCACUACCUGACGUCGAGAAUCAACUACCAGUGCUCCGGGGAGGAGGCCACGCUCUCCCAGUGCACCUGGCACUUCAACAGAUCCCACAUUUGCCACCAAUCCCAGGCAGCCGGAGUCAUCUGCGCGGGUGCGGUGAACGGAUCCGCGGUCACGGAAAUCAACCCGAACACCCAGCCCAUCACCACGGAUCUCCCUGAGAACCAGACUUUGGCCAGCGGCUCCCUACGGGAACAGAUCCUCUUCAUCACCUGUAUCUCCCUGGGUGUUCUCCUCUUUGGGCUACUCACCAUCUUGGCUUUAAUCCUCGUGAGGAUCAAAGGGAAAUACGCGGUCCCACACAUGGAGAAUCACAACCAGCAGGCCUCUUCUGCCACCACCCUCUCCCCCAUCCCCACCACCACCACCUCGGCAGGAGCCAACAACUACCAAGAAGUUUCCAUCAUCGUUCCCAAAGAAGCACCCAAGCUGCCCAUCCAGGUGCCAGCCCCACCCUCUGAGGACUCUGACUCUGACUCUGACUAUGAGCAUUACGACUUCAGCACUCAGCCCCCCGUGGCCCUCUCCACCUUCUACAAUUCCCAGAGGCACCGGGUGACUGAGGAUGAAGUCCGGGAGAGCAAGUUCAGGAUGCCAACCCUGGAGGAAGAUCCUCCCAAAGGGGCCCCCCUGCAUCGCCCCAGAAAUGACAGCGAGUCCAGCACAUCUUCAGGGGAAGGAUACUGUAACAGCCCCUCCAGCAGGCCGCCCCAGAGGAGCGGCCCGGCCUUCCCUGCCGAGAGGGCUCCGUUCCUGGGCCAGCUCCCGAUCGAGGAGCUGGCCAGGUCCCAGCAGCCUCUGGGUGGUUCUCCAGCAGUGCCCAAGCCUGACAGCAGCUCCAGCACCUCAUCUGGGGAGUGGUACCAGAAUUUCGAGCCCCCCCAGCCGCCUCUGCCCCCGCCGCCACCACCACAGGGGCAAGAAGGGGAAGAGGAGUCGUGCCAAUGCUCAGAGCCUUCAGGCCCAGUGGCGACAGGCAGCUCCUGGGACUGCUCCACUGACGACGACUACGACGAUAUCGCCACGGAUGACAACUAGAGCCAGAGGGACCAGAAGGCCCCUCUCCGGACCCUGCCCCGUCCACGCUCCUCCCUCCUCCCCGCUGGGCAACCUGAAGGAACACGGCAUUGGCGAAAUCUGCUCCGACCAGGCAGCAUUUUAGGAAGGAAAGGGAUAAGGCACACUUACUCCCCAACCUUGGCCUGCCCGGCUGCCCCCAGUCGGUCCCCAGGUCGGUCUCGGCCAACCCCAUUCCCAGAGCCCACCAGCCCCAGGCCCUGGGUGGGCCUCACCCUCCGGCCACUCCCAGAGCUGGUGGGCAUUGAGAGAAGGCACCGGGCCCUCUACCUGGACUGCCUGGAGAUUCUUGGUUCCACACAGACACCCUCCCCCCGGAAUCCCCCAGUCCCCUCUCCCAUCCCCAUCAGGGACCUCUGCCUCUCGACCCUAGGGUUCCAGUUUUGUAGGGAGAGGAGGCUCAGGGCGUGCCACCUCUCCACCCUUCCCCUAAAACCACCAGGCUCCUUCCCGGGGCAGGAACGUGACCCUCUGGCCGCCUCUGUGGGGAAUGGAUCUCGGGAGAAGAGCUUUCUUCCAGAAGUCCCCACCCCAAGGACAAGUCUCCCAGGUGGUGGCCGACUGGGAAUUCCAAGGGGACCGACCUCACAGCGGGAGGGAUUCCACUGGAAAAUGCCAGGCUGGGUGCGAGCACUUCAUUGGCUGGAUGACCGGGCCCUGUCACUGCUGUUGACCUGAGGAAGCUGAGGACGUUGGUCCCCUGCAGAGGGUGACCUGGACUCACAACUCGCCAGUGGCUAAUGCGCCUUGGCUCCAGGGAAGGCGGUGGGGCCAGGGAGGUGCCUCUUUGGGUCCAGGCUUCCAGAAACAUCUCGCCAG